CUAUAUUUAAGCAAAAACAUGAAAAUGAAGAAAUAAAUAAAGACAGGAUGAUACCAUGGGUUGAGAAAUAUCGACCACAAAGUCUUGAUGAGGUAGCAUCACAAGAUCAUACGAUCAAAGUGCUUAAAAAGACAUUACAAUCGAUGAACCUUCCUCAUUUGUUAUUCUAUGGAUCACCGGGUACAGGAAAAACAUCUACAAUUCUUGCACUUGCAAAGGAGCUUUUUGGUUCAGAGUUAAUGAAAUCUCGAGUUUUAGAAUUGAACGCAUCAGAUGAACGAGGUAUAUCAAUUAUUCGAGAAAAAGUCAAAAACUUUGCACGAAUUGCUAUUCCCAAUGGAUCUAGUGAAUGUCCUUAUCCUCCGUAUAAAAUUAUUAUUUUAGACGAAGCAGAUUCUAUGACUCAAGAUGCACAAGCAGCACUACGUAGAACAAUGGAAACAUAUUCUAAAAUUACUAGAUUUUGUUUGAUUUGUAAUUAUGUAACUCGGAUUAUUGGACCUUUAGCAUCUAGAUGUUCAAAAUUUCAAUUUAAACCACUUAAUUUUCACAAUGCAAAAAGUAAAUUAGAAUAUAUAGCUAAUUGUGAAAAUGUUAGGUAUGAUGAAGGAGUAAUUGAGAAACUAAUAGAGUUGUCAAAUGGUGAUUUACGAAAGGCAAUUACAUUUCUUCAAUCAGCAACACGUUUAGUUAAUUUAGAUUCUGAUGCGAACAAAUCAUUAGAUAAAAGUGUUGAAAGUAUUUCAUUAGAAUUGAUUACAGACAUUUCAGGCACAGUUCCUGAUCAUAUUAUCGAUAAUUUGCUUUCUAUAUGUUUUUCAUCUAAGAAAACCGAAUUAUUAUAUGAUUCAAUUGAUCAAUAUGUUUCAGAAAUAAUUUUAGAUGGCUAUAGCGCUAAUCAGUUGUUAUCUCAGAUACAUGAUUCUAUUGUUUCUAAUGAACUCAUUUCUAACACACAGAAAAAUGCAAUGAUUCAAAUUAUGGGUGAAACUGAUAUGCGUCUAAUUGAUGGCGGCAACGAACACUUAAAUCUAUUAAAUUUAGCUGUACAAAUAUCAAAAAUUUACACAAAAACACAACAUACAUAAUUUUUAUUCUAUUCUCUUAAUAUAUCGCAAGAAUAUCAAUUAUAC